ACCAGCUGCUGCUGCCGCUGCGGCUCGAUCCCCUUCCAGCUCUGCUCUCUGAACAUUUGAUGCUCUCUCCGGCCUCUGAAGUUCUCCGCUGACACCAGCUCUGAGAGGAAGAUGCUUCUAGAUAUGAAUCUCCUGCAGGUUCUUGCUGUGCUCUUCCUGCCAGCAGUUUGGGGUCAGAGCAGCAGCAGCAGGCUUGGUGUGGUGGUGGAGGCCAAGAACAUCACCCUGCCUGCAGGCUCCAAGGCCGUGCUGCCCUGCCACAGCCCCCGCAUGGUGUGGACCCAGGACCGGCUCAAAGACCGCCAGAGGGUGGUGCACUGGGACGUGGUGCGCAGCACUCCCGAGUACUCUGUGGAGCGAGUCCUGGACAUGUCUCCCGGCGCCCGCCAGAGGGUCUACAACAGCUUCAACAAGGACCGCAUCUCCGUCCCGGACUCCGCCUUCAAUGAUGGCAACUUCUCUCUCAUCAUCAACAAUGUGCUGACGACUGACAAAGGAGUUUACACUUGUAAUUUGCACCAUCACUACUGUCAGAUCCACCAGUCCAUCGAGAUCCAGCUCAAUGUCACGAAGUCCGCUCGGAAGGAGAGACGGUACUGGGACGGAGAGAAGACCGUCUUGGUGGUGCUGUUGGGCAGCUCGGUGGUUUUGCCCUGCGUGAACCGGCGCCCCCUGUGGAGGGAGGGUGUCCAGGAGGACCGGCAGCAGGUGGCCCACUGGGACUUCCAGCCUCCCGGCGUGCGUCCCGACAAGGCCGACCGGCUGGUGGACCUGUACGCCUCCGGAGAGCGGCGGGACUACGGCUCGCGCUUCUCUAAAAGCAAGAUGAGCGUGGAGGAGGACGCGUUCACCCUGGGCGACUUCUCGCUGUCCAUCGAUGACUUGAGGCCGGUCGAUAAAGGCCUCUACUCCUGCCACCUCCACCACCACUACUGCGGCCUGGCCGAGAGACGCAUCUUCAGGCUCACUGUGGGACCGCCGCUUCCCUCGGCCCCGACGACGGCACCCAGAAUUUUCCAGAACGACGAGCCAGAACAAAGAAGCGGUGAGGUGGAGAGUCAGCGAGUGGUCAACGUCUUCGUCCCUGACCAUCGAGGAUACUUUGUGCAGCAUUUGGGAUACUUCCUGGCGACGUUCCUGCUGCUGGCCUUCAUCGUGGUUGCUGUCAUCGUGCUAACUCGGAGACGCAGGAAGAGAGGGAUGGAGUAUGAGCCAAGUCGAUUUGAUCGGGUAAACAUGGAAAGUGGAGAAGAAAUAGCUUUAGACUGCACAGAGAUGAGGACCUGUAACCCAGAUCCUUUGAAUUCAGGCUACAAAAACAAUCUACUGAAAGAGAGAGAUUUUGCGAAAGACUGCAAUAAGGAAUUUGAUGGGAAGAUGUGGAAGUGAGUGGGAGGUUUCCGAGAUGCUGCUGGCAGGUCCAGAGCGAACACCAGAAGAGUAAAGGACUCUGGAGAGAACAGAAAGGGUGGAAUAAAGGGAAACCCAGGAGAGGACAGGAGGAAUGCUCCCUCUGCUGUAACCGUAGUACACUAAGCUUCUUCACUAAAAUGCAUCAUGGUUGUACGUCUUAUCGUUUUUAUAGUUUGCAUUUUUACAAGCUGUUUUCAACAAUAUUGUUGUCAUUUAUUAGAUUGUUGCUCAAUGCAAUAAUUGGUUGGUUUAUAAUAAAUAUCAGGAUUUAUUAUUUUAUCAUUUUAUGAAAAAAGUUUUUUAUUAAAUGCAUGCUGUUUGUUAAGACAUGUUUUCACAUACUUUGCAUGCUUUCAAAGCGUCAAGCUUCAAGCUCUUAUCAAAUGAUAUCCUCUUGGCUCAAAUUCUGCUGUACUGUCAUUCUACAAGGUAUUUCAGCAUCUGGAUAAGGUUAAUUUACUAAAUUCCAAAUAGUGUUUUCACACUAGCAUUUUGAGCUAAAUUCAAUUGUAAUGAAAAAGUGAAAAUUUUCUCCUGUUAUCUCUUUUUUCUUUAACGUUUGUGAAUUUAUCUUAAUAAGUCUCAAAAAUAUUUUACUCAAAUGAUUCUAUGGCCUCUUGAGUGAUAUCUGCUCAUGAAUAAGUUACAAAUUAAUAAUCAAAUGAUUGCAUUUCAUGAGAAUGGACAGAAGGCUUAGUCUGUGAAAACUCAGGAAAAAUCAAUGUUUUAAUUAUUUUAAUGGGAUGGAAGAGCAGCACACCACAGCCUCGUCCAUAAAACUCUGAAACGUCAUGAGUGACUCUACUGGUCAGUCUUUACAGGUAUAUGACUGUUGUAAAUGGUGUGGCGAACAGCUCUGAGAUGUACUGCAGGAAGGAGAGUUUAUCAUCACUAUCAGUCACAUUAAAUCAUAAAUUUUAGUUCUCGUCUCGUUUGUUCCAGUCUCUUUCGGCUCUCUGUGUCUCUCUUGCAUUCACUGUAUGUACUGCUGGUUCUCUUUAAUGAAGGAUUUCUUCUAAUAAAAACUCACA